CAAGAGUAAAAACUUCCCAAGGAAAAAAAUUAUUUUUCCAAGGCAGCCAGAAGAUGUCCGUGGCAGUGAAGAAAGGAAUAAGUGCUAAGGCCGAGACCAGAAAAUGCGCAGCGCGUUUCUGGAGGCUCUUUCCUCACCUUUUGCUGUGUCUGUCUCUGGUGGCAUACGCAGCGCUGGGUGCACUCAUGUUCCAGCAGAUUGAAGGAAGGAGCAAGUCCACUACCGAACAGGAGUACCAUACCUUCCUGGGUCAGGUAGUCAGCACGGUCCAGAACCUCACCGCUAAUGCCUCCUACACACAUCAAGACAUAAUAAAGAAAGUGGAGUUUAAGAUGCUACAUGGUUUCAAGUCCAUAUGGCUUCAGAGACCUGACAGAUGGAAUUUCUUUGGCUCCAUGUUCUUCUGUUGCACUGUAUUCACAACAGUUGAUCUGUUUGAGCCAUGA